UCCUCUGUUUCUCUCUCUCUCUCUUAAGCCUUCACUUCUUAAGCAUUUCCUCACAGUUUCUCUCUUCUCUCUCUCUCUCUCUCUCCUCCUCUCUUUUCUCAGAAGUAUUUAUACUUUCCUCAUUGCCUUGUGUUGUGAUUGUUGUUCUAAUGGCAACUUCAGAAGGAAAAGCAGAUAGUAAACAAGAAGCUAAGGCAGAAGCCAAAACUGAAUCUAAAGAAGCAGAAGAAAACCAAGAACCUCCUCUUAAGUACAAGGCUUGGGUGUUGAAAGUGUCCAUUCAUUGUGAAGCCUGCAAGAGGAAAGUUGAAAAGACUCUAAGAAAGAUUGAUGGCGUUUACGAGGCUAUUGCUGAUUUGAAGCAACAAAAAGCCACGGUGAAAGCCAAGUUGCACGUAGAUGUAGAAACUUUGAUCAAGAAACUAGUAAAGAAAGGGAGGCAUGCAGAGUUAUGGCCUGAAAAAACUGGACAAAAGGAGAAGAAGCAAGGAAAGUCGAAGAACAAGGACAAGCAAAGCGGCCAAGCAAACAGUGAUCAAGAGGGUAAUAGUAACCAUGGAGGUGAUAAAGAGAAAGAAGCAGUAAAAGCUGAAUCCACUGUUCAACAGGACACUGCAAAAAGCUGUGAGAAUGGUAGUACUUCGAAGAAUGCUGAGGGUUGUAAUAAUGUUAGCAAAGCCCAUGAAGGUGGUAGUGCACCAUGUAAAACCGGUGGACAAGUUAAGGAGUUGAAACCUGAUCAGGUCAAGCAAACUGUGACCCUUGUGGCCGGGAAUCAGUCACCUGUGGCUGAGAAGAAAGGUGGAGUUGGUCGUGACAGUGAGUUUAAUGCUGGUGAGCAGAGUGGUGGUGGUGGUGGCAGUGGAAGUAAAAAGAAUAAAAAGAAGGUGCAAAAAGGGAAUGCUAAUGCUAAUUUAGAUGAGGGUGAACACUCUGGCGACGCUGGACCUGCAUGCAUUGGAUCGCGUUUUUCUGUUUACGGACCUCAUGGUCCCGUUCCCAUGCCAUCUGCAGCCAGUCACAGCCCUCCACGUCACCACCAAAUGCACGAAUACCCAACGUAUUACCAGGCACCACCAGUGUAUGUCACUAGCUACAAUACAGCGUAUCCAAGUAGUAGCUACAGUGCUUCUUAUUACGCCUCACCACCACCGUAUUCAUAUGCGUAUAUGCACCCGGGCCACAUGAGUGAACGCCCAUCAGAUCCGGACACGUAUCCAUCCUAUUCAUCACGGCCGUCCGAUUCCUUCGAGAUGUUUAGCGACGAAAACCCGAACGCAUGUUCAAUCAUGUGAUGUAUUUUACGGCAUUAUAUGGAUACGGAAUUUAUACUACUUGUAUAACCGUAUGGGGGGAUAAUUUUGCAAUGUAUGUAGAUAUAGAAGGAAACCUUGUAGUUUAAGUUAGGGUUAAAGAAUAAGAGUGGGGAAAAAACAAUGGGUUUGGGGGGGUCUUCCUUUUUUAAUUUUAGUGGUGUUUGUGCUUUAAGAUUUCUUUAGAACUUUUUGCUCUUUUUAAGGUUUGGUUUUAAGUCUACAUUCAGCAUUGUAAUGCAUAGUUGUUUGUAGGCCCCUUUGACCCCAUCUCUCCUCUCUUUCUUUCCUCUUCAUCCGAUGUGUAAAAGUAGGUUUUUGAUUUGGCAUUUUGGCCUUUAUUACAUGGUGAUUAAAUGAAUUGCGUAGAUUAGUUA